CUCUGUUUCAUGCUACUUGCAAUUGAAGCAUAUUGUUUUUAUUUGGAAUUGAAUAUAGUCAUUUAAAAAAUUGCAAAAAAUCUAUCAUUUUAUAUUGCACAUGUGUGUCGCGCGUGAGAAUUAAGGGGAAACACUUCUAAUUCUUGUUCAAGGAUUUACAGCUGCCCUCAUAAGAGUUGUAACCACAAUACGAAAUAAAUUAAUUUUUUGUUCAUACAUUUCCUGGUGUUCCUACACUUUGCUAACAACAUUGGAAUGAAACUAGGUGAAGUCGAGGAGAGCCGAAAUAAAUACUAACUGCAAUGACGUCCAUACAAUUUGUCUUACAACCGCUUCCGGGAACAGAUGAACAGUUUAUUGACAGAUUACGUGAAGUGUCGGACAAGGUUAAUAAAUUCGGUUUUGGAACGCAUCGAGUUUUUGAGCAACUCAAAAUACCGGUUAAAGAUGUUGUAAUUGGGCCUAAUCACAUCGGUGUUUUGCUGGAAGAUGGAAAAGCAUUUCGUGUCGCUUUCUCAAUUAAUACCGAUCGUUUGGACCUAAGCAAAAAUGAUUCGGCAAAAAGCGGAAACAAUUCUAGCGCUUCAUCCAAUUCUAAGACGUCUGCCCCAGCAUCAUCCAGACAGCUAGCUCGUUCUAGGGCCCGAUUAAUGCGCACUACUGGGCGAUCUGGUUCAGGUGGACAGAGCUCAGGAUCAAGAAGUACUGGAGUAAUUAUAGGUGGUACUUCCUCUAGUCGAUCGCUUGUAACUGUUCCAGCGACUUAUGUACCCGAGGAACUAAUCUCACAAGCAGAAGUUGUCCUUCAAGGAAAGAGCAGAAAUUUAAUUAUUAGAGAACUACAGCGUACCAACCUUGAUGUUAAUUUGGCCGUUAAUAAUUUACUCUCGAGAGACGAUGAGGACGCAGAAGACACAGAAGAAGGAGGCGAUAAUUACGUUCCAGACGAUUUAAUGUCGCUUCUUGAUAACGGUUUUCACGGAGAAAACAAUAGCGUUAUUAUUGACCCAUCUGAUGGUCUUUUCACAGAAGAAAUUUUUAGCAACUACUCAAGUAUAAGAAAUUUGUUGUUUGAUCGCAUUCGAAGCGAACGAAAUCAGUCUAAUACAAAUUCGGAGACUAGCCAGUCAAGAUCCUCUGGUGCAGCAAGCGGUGUUUUGACCGGCACUGGUAGUUUAUCAGCACAAAUAUCUACAGUAAGUGCCGAAAGGGAAGCCUUCAGUCGUUGGCGUGAUCGCCAAUGUUAUGUUCCAAGGAGAUGGUUGAAUAAAGAGGAUUACGUGUGGGACAAAGAUGGCGAUGCCAAAAAGAAAGAUCCAACAUCAAUAAGCUCUCCCAUUUGGAUUUCGGAAGAACUUCAGCCAUGGCCAGACAAGAACGGCACAAUAAAAUUUAAAAAAAUUGCCGCUCUAUACUCGGAAUUUAUAGCGAUUUCGGAAGCUGGUGAACUACAUUUAUGGAGAUGGACAGAUACCGAUCCAUACAAAUCAGAGGUUGAAAAUAUUUAUCAUCCAAAGACAAUCGCCCUUAAUUUGACAGAAAAAAUUGAACAUAUUUCUGCCAACUUCAUACGUUGCUCUGUAGUUACAGAAAAUAAUCGCGUUGCAACAUGGAUGGACGAACAACUGGGUUACAUUGGAAAUAAAUUGGAGCAUGGCGCAAUUUUGUUCGGUGAAUUCAUAGUUGACCCAAUUGUUUCCGUUAAUGUUUGCUCUCUAUACACCGCCGUCCGAACCGAAAAUAAUAAUGUAUACUGGUGGGGUGUAUUACCAUUUGAUCAACGCCGGUAUUUGUGGGAUAAAAGCCGCACAAAGUUGAAAAAACCCUUUAAAAAUCUUUCAACCGAUAUUUCUGUGGGAACUCAGGUAACUAUGAAAAAGUGCCCUAAGUAUCAAACCGGUUCUAUUGGGUUUACCUGUGCCAACGGAGUGCCAAAAGUCGGACAGCUUCUAAAUUCGGUGUGGGACUCAAAUGAUGUAUGUAGAUUCAAGAUACUUAACGUUACAAGCGCUGGGGGCACUGACAAAUUACAGCAAAACAGUUGUAACAGCUCUGGAACUUCAUUGGAGAAAGAAUCUACAAAGAGUGUCAGCAUUCAAAACGUAUCUUCUAAUAAAAAUUCUUCAAACAAAGAGACAACUGAUAGGAUAGACAUGCCGCCUCCUCCGUCCCCUGCAUCGAGUACAUGUAGCGAUACUGGCAGUGUUACGUCGCAUAAACGUACAAAACGCAUGGCUGCCAAAGAUGACAAUUCUGAUGGAAAAAAAGAUGAAGAACUUUGGCAAUUGAAAGACGUUGUUUUUGUGGAGGACAAGAUAGGUCCAAUCGGUAAAGUUCUAAAAGUUGAUGGAGACUUUGUAGCUGUGCGAUUUCCAAUAUCGUCACCAAUUCCUUCCCCAUCUGCUACUACAAGUGUAGCUGCGAACGAGGGCAAGGAAGAUGACUGGCAACAGUGUCGCUUGCUACGUCGAGAAGAUGUGCAAGUCUACAAAACAGCCAUAGCUUCCAGGGGGCCGGAAUGGCUGCAAAAGAUGCCCAGAAAAAUCAAUAUAGGUCAUGGCAAUGAUCCAUCUGGUUUUCAGUUACUUUCUAUGGCAGUAGAUUUACGUGGAAUUCAUGUGGUGAAAAAAAUAGGAAACAAAUUGCAUUACAGUCUGUACAAUCUGUAUAAUAGCAAGCAAGAACAAAAUUGCCAAUUUCCUACCGACAGCUCGUCCUUUAUGGGAUCAUCGCCUAGUAAUAUAUCCAUGAUAUGUAACAAUGAUAGCAGUGGUAACACAAGCACAAUUGUAGUUCGUGAUGGAAAUCGGGCAUUGUAUCCAAUGGCUAAAGAUUGCGUUGGAUCCAUUAAAGAUCCACAAUGGUUCGAUUUAUCACCAGUAAAAGCUGUAGCUAUGACCACUAUAUCCCUAGCUUGUAAUUUGAAUAAUAUUAAUCAAAAAUCAAAAGUGUGCAUGACGGCCUUGUUGUUUGAGUCUCAGAAAUUAAUGCCACAUAUUUUACGAUGUGAUGUAAAAAAUGUGUUCGCUGCUUUAAUUCAAUUGGAAAAAGAAGAUCGCAAUGACGCGUUGCAAAUAUUGGAUGAGAGAUGUGAUGGAUCACGAAAUAUAUUCCAUGCGUGUACAAUAAUGUGUUCACCUUGUACUAAUAAGGAUACGGACGAAAAAAAGCAGACAACAUUUACCGGUAUUACGUCGCGAUCAUCGCCUGCUCCAACUUCUGUGUUCUCGGCAAAUGCACCAAGCAUAAUUGACAGCUCUUCAGUUGCUACAACCUCGAAUGCAGCUAACGCACAACCUUCGUCCAUAUUCCCAAAUGUAUCACCCUCAAUGUCGUCUGUGAGUUCGUCUGCAUCUCGCGAAGGUAGGACGGUAAGUUUGCGAGAUAUGAUGAACCGCCUAAUCAACACCGAUAUGGAUCAACCGGGAGCGAAUAAUGUGAAUAACAUAGCUGGCGGAAAUAACGAUGAUAACGUUUAUAUUGCUCGUUGGACUAUAGAGUCGAACACAAGUUCGUCUGCAGCUAGUGCCAACGAUGCUAUUAUCGGAAAUCCUUCCGAAGAAGAGAUUUCUAAAAUAAUUGCAGGGUGUAGCAGUAAUGCAACAGCACUAAAACUCAGUUCGCCUAACUAUAUCUUCGAUCCAAUACAGAGACGUGAAAAUGCCAUAUUAAUCUUGCAACAAAUGUGCUCUAGCCCAGCUUUACGCACACAUUUGUAUCAAUUUUUAAGUAGUAAAGAUUCUCAAGGUCAGACGCCAUUUAUGUUGGCUGUGCACAACAGAGCAUAUGAGGCUGGAAUAAUUCUUUUAAAUACUAUUUUAUCGGUCGCAGAAAAAGAUGUGGCUAUGAAGAAUGCAAUGAUAUUUCCACCGGGAUCUCCUUCAGAUCAAUCACCCUUAUAUGUAAUUUGCUACAACGAUACAUGUUCAUUCACAUGGACUGGAGCAGAUCAUAUAAAUCAAAAUAUAUAUGAGUGCAAAACGUGUGGUUUGACCGACUCUCUUUGUUGCUGCACCGAAUGCGCUAGAGUUUGUCAUAAAGGGCACGAUUGUAAACUAAAACGAACAUCGCCCACUGCAUACUGUGACUGCUGGGAAAAAUGCAAAUGUAGAGCUUUGAUAGGGGGAAAUCAGAAUAAAAGAUUUGCAUUGCUAUGCAAACUUGCAUCAUGCACAGACUUGGUUACAAAAUUCAACGCAAAGGGUGAAUCAAUACUGUUGUUUCUCAUCCAAACUGUUGGUAGACAAACCGUCGAACAACGUCAAUAUAGAGCGAAUUCACGAGUGCGCAAUGUCGGCGGUGGAGCAAGUGGAUCGGGAAGUGGUAGUAACUCCGCUCGAAAAUCUUCAUCAUCGAAUGAUGUUGAUGUUAACAUGCCCGACCAUGACUUAGAGCCGCCAAAGUUUGCAAAGCGAGCAUUAGAGCGUCUUCUAAUUGACUGGCAUGCUGUUAGGGCAAUGAUAAUGACCGGUGCAGAAAGGAGUGAAACCUCACCUCAGCAGCCCCCUAAUUCUACAGACGUUUCAAGUUCGGAGAGUUAUAAUAUAUACUUACAAAAUCAGAGCGGUUCUACUUUACUCGACAAGUUUACACACAAUUUGUUCGUCAAAUGUUCGUCUGAUCACUUAGACACAUUGCUUAUGACACUGGUAAGGGAAAUGCAAAACGAUUCAAUAACAGAUCGGAUCGAAGACGCUGAAAUGGUUGCACGACGUUUUGUUCGCUCGGUAGUCCGUGUAUUCGUGAUUUUUAAUCUUGAGAAAUUUCCAAAUCCUGAACGCCGAAAACCGCUUUCAGUACCACUGAAACAUAUACAGAGUUGCGUUAAAGUUUUUCAGACUUUACAAAAGCUAGCCAUAGAAGAAUUGUGCGAGGUAUCAGAGGCAUUAAUAGCCCCAGUUAGAUUGGGUGUGGUGCGUCCGACCGCACCUUUCUUAUCAUCAUCUAACAUUGAUAAUUCCGACGAUCUGUUUAGUGUAGAUCCGUUAGCUCCAUCGUCAGUUGCAGAAUCGAUUAUUGACACAAAUACCGUUCAUGAAAAUGCUGGAGAGCAGUCUGGAGCUUUUAGCUUUCAACAAAACUAUGGAAUUGAUAGUAUAGCUUUAAGGGACGCUUCCGAAAGCGAAGAAAACACAAAUCGCGAUAAUGCAGCUAACAAUCAAGAUGAAGAUAUUCUGGAAAGCGGUCGAAAUGAUGAUGGCAUCCAGGAUGACGAAAGUGAUAAUGAAUAUACAUUUAAUGAGCCAGAAACAGAAUCGGAUUCUGACGACAACCAAAGCAAUCAAGAUGCUCAGCGGAGUGUGCAAACGGGCGCAACCGUCGGAUCUGAAACAGAUAUUGGUGUUCUCUUUCUUGAAGAUGAGUCUGGAGAUUCCUCACCACAAGAAGAAGAAGGCUCUGAUGAUGGAGAAACGGAUGAUCAUGAUGAUGAUGAAUUUACUUAUGCCGAUCAUCAGUUGGAACGGCGAAGUACUAAUUCCAAUAAUCGCAACGAUUUGGCACCACAAUCAAUGCAAUGGGCCAUACGCAGUCGAGAUACAACAAGAUCAUCCGUCCGAAUGCCUGCUGGAUCAAGUUUAGUGUUUAUCGAUCCAAUGGCGUUAAGGCGAUCUACAGUUCCCGCUAGUACUGCUGUUGCUCCUCCUCCUCAAGAACAACAUACAAUGGCAACUACGUCCAGCAAUUUAGCCCGUGCAUUCGGAAUCAUAGUUCGGCAAAUAUCAGAACUAAUGAGCGGUCUAAUGUAUAAUAUAUUAAAUGACAUCGAAACUUCAUUGAAAGUACUUCCCGAGGAGGCUACAAAACUACAGGAGUUUGUAGAAAAAUGUUUAAAACCAACGUGGGACUGGAUGUUUUCUGUUAUGGAUAGUACCGAAGCGCAACUUAAAUUUGGCGCAUAUCUAACAAACUACACGGAUCCAGCACAUCCACUUCAUCCCUUAAAUUUAAGUGCUCAAAACAAUUCGAAUCAAAACAACAGCCAGUCUAACAGUGCCGGUGCUGUUGGAAUGAAUAUAUUGGCAUCGACGUCCCGAAGGGACUUUUUCACGUAUUGUCUUUCACUUAUGCGAGCUCAUACAUCUGAACAUCGCGAUGCCUUGCCUGUUCUCGAUAUAGCAGCUUUACGUCAUAUUGCGUAUGUGCUAGAUGGAUUUAUUUAUUAUAUGCGCAAUGAUACGAGCUUUUACGAAAAAAGUGAAGGUAUUGUGAGCAAUACACUUAAUACAAAUGAGAAUGAUGAUACGGAUGACGAAUUGUCGAAUAUAACGAGCGACGAACAGUAUGGGGAUAUCGGAAUGGGAUCUGCUUCGAAUGUAAUAGGAUGUGGACCAUUUCGUCGUCAUACGUUCUUUACACGUUCUGACUCGACGCUAAGUCUGGGAUGCUUAGCUCCAGAUGGUUUCGAUUUACCUCUUGACGUAGCCAUACCCUUGGCAGACAAGCCUCAUCUUUUACAACCCAACUCCAAACGUCAAGAUUUGUUUGCCAACUUACCUUUAAUCGUAUCUCCAAAUGAGGGCAAUACAGUGCCCCACGCUGAAAAAGGCAAUUAUAAUAUACUUGAUCACCCACCAACUAAAUUAGGAUUUUCGUCAUACUCAAUGGUGAAGUCAACGGUCGAUCAAUCAUCUAUUUCAAAUGAUAAACCAUACUCUGCUGCCGACGAUGUGAACGUUUACGAGCCAGAAGAGAACCUUAAUGUUUGUUCUAAUUCGAAAUCAUCCAGUCUUCGAACCGUUACGGACAUUACAGAUGAAACGGAGCUAGUUAGUGCUGGCGGUAAUAUUGGAAAUGUAUAUCUGCAACUCAAGAAAAAAAAAUACUCUGAAGAUUCUAAAUCAACAGACAUAGAUAAAAGCGAAAAUGUUGAGCGAAUGGAAGUGGAUAACAUUGCUGGCGAAAACAUAGACAGAAAUGUGGAUGUUCAUAAUACAAAUCCAGCUCGUGUCAUGGCCACAAGACCAGAUGUUAUAAUAGUUCCGAACAAAAAUCAGCGAAUUUUAGAAAGUGAAGCAAGCAUGACGUCUAAAAUAUCGAAUUCUCCAUCGUCGUCCAUUGUUCGCAGCGUCAUCGUUAGAGCGGGUGGUGUGUCUGGGCAAAUUAACGAAGAACCCUCUACAUCGCAGAAAGCUAAUACUACAUACAUUGCCCCAAAUGACGCAAUAAAAAAUACUGGUAUGCGAUCUGCUAAAAUAACAUCACUAGUGUAUCCCGCACGUGGCCAAUACUUCUGUCAGAAAUGCGAAGCACUUGAUUCAUCUCCAUCUUGGAACUUCUUGCUUGGUCGAUGGAAACUUGCAUUAGAUUUAUUUGGAAGAGUAUUUAUGGAUGAUGUCGGUAUGGAGCAUGGAUCGGUUUUGCCAGAGCUACGGGGAUUUCCAGUUAAGGAAAUGCGUUUUAGAAGACAUAUGGAAAAGUUGCGAAAUGCUCAACAGCGUGAUUUAAUACUUUGCAAAUUGGAACGGAAUCGUGACAGUUUAAUAAUGCAAACAUUUAAAGAACUGAAUUCUCAAUUUGGAAGCCAAAAUAGACGAGUUCAUCCACCUCUUACGUUUAAUCGAGUUAAAGUUACAUUUAAAGAUGAACCAGGAGAAGGCUCUGGUGUAGCUCGUAGCUUCUACACGUCUAUUUCUGAAGCCCUUCUUGCCAGUUCAAAAAUGCCAAAUUUAGAAUCAGUUCAAGUGGGAAACAACAGUGGAAAAUAUGGCUUGCCGAUUCCCAGCAUACUUAGGAACAGGGGUGCUCCAGGUCGCGAACCACCCACUUUACAGAGACGAGGUACGGGUAGCAAAAUAUUGUGGCGUACAGCCCGUGAAAGAAAAGCUCUAAAUUUUUAUGCAAGGCCAUAUGUAACAAUUUUAGACAACCCAGAUCUUACUGGCGAAAAUCCUAACGAUCAUUUAUCUGUACAACUGCAACAAUUAGGAGAAAGGCUGUAUCCGAAGAUAUACUCACUGAAUUCCACACAUGCUUCAAAAAUAACUGGAAUGCUUUUAGAAAUACCAACACCACAACUUCUAUCAAUUUUAUCAUCUGAAGAGAUGAUUCGGCAAAAAGUAACCGAAGCCUUGGACAUAAUAACAUUCAAGCAAAAAUCGGACUCAAGCGCAUCCUCAUCUGGCCAUUCGAAAAAAAUGAACCCUGUAGUUUUAUUGGAGCCUUGUCAUGUAGAAGACAAUGAUCCUCUGUUCUAUAUGCCAGGAAAACGAGGCUUUUAUACACCUCGUCAAGGCUAUGGAUCAUUUGAACGAAUCAAUGCCUUUAGAAACAUAGGAAGAUUAAUUGGUCUGUGUUUAUUGCAAAAUGAAUUAUUACCCUUAUUCUUGCAAAGACAUGUCUUAAAAUAUAUUCUCGGUCGGAAAAUUAAAUUUCAUGAUCUAGCUUUCUUCGAUCCAGUAAUUUACGAAUCAUUUAGACAGCUAAUACAAAACUCACAAACCGAAGAGGGAGAAGAAGUCAUAUCUCGAAUGGAGUUGUAUUUUGUAAUCGAUUUAAUGAAAGAAGAAGGAGGUGGAAGCGUAGAGUUAAUCUCAGGAGGUAGAGACAUUCAAGUGACUGCGCAAAACCUUUUCGAUUAUAUACGUCGUUAUACUGAGUAUAGAUUAAUAAAAGCCCAAGAGAAAGCACUUGAGGCUAUAAGAGAUGGAGUUUUUGAUGUAUUGCCGGAUACUUGUAUGCAAAGCUUGACUGCUGAAGACUUACGACUACUUCUAAAUGGAGUCGGUGACAUUAACGUGUCUACGUUGAUUUCAUAUACAACGUUUAAUGACGAAUCGAGUGAGGGCUCUGACAAACUAUUAAAAUUCAAGCGGUGGUUCUGGAGCAUUGUUGAAAAAAUGAACACAUUAGAAAGACAGGACUUAGUAUACUUUUGGACAGGAUCCCCUGCCUUGCCGGCAUCUGAAGAGGGCUUCCAACCAUUGCCUUCUGUCACAAUUCGACCCGCGGAUGAUACUCAUUUACCAACAGCUAACACGUGUAUAUCUCGGCUUUAUAUACCAUUGUAUUCCAGCAAAUCAAUAUUGCGUAGCAAAUUGCUCUUGGCUAUCAAAUCAAAAAAUUUUGGUUUUGUUUAAUUUUUUCGAUAUUGUUUUCUUUAGACACAGCAGGAUGGACAAGUAUAAGCUAUUUAAGAAAUAAAUGAAUUUCCCUUAAAAUAUAUUUUAUGUUAUGAAAUGAAAAAUAUUAUUUGAAAAAGUUCUAUUAAUUUAGAACCGCCUCACAAAAUAUUCAUUCCUAAAUCUAUAAAACUAUGAAGUUGGACUUUUUUAUAAUAUUAAAAUCUUUUUUUUACACACUUCUUACUAAAAUUUAUAUGGAUUUUUGGUUUUAAUGCACCAAUUUUCAAUAAGUAUCCUUAAUAUUAAAUUCCAUUUGCAUCUAUAUGACCCAAUGCAUUCAUGUUGAAAAUAAAAUAAAGUUAUUACCAAUAUUAUUCAUAAUAGCAUUGAUGAAAUAUAUUAUUAUAAAUAUGCUAAAUAAAUAAAUGAAUAUUCGGAAUUAAUAAAAUAUUUUUUUAACCAAA